AUGCAAGGCUUGUCGGUCAGCACAACGCGGAAGCUCUUUGCCUGCCAGCUCGUGGCCUGCCAAGCGAUCCCUGAGAGCCGCAGCAAGUACACGUAUCGAGGCGUCGACCUCACGCGGGCAUGGGUCCAGGGUGUCAUCGUCGCGACCGAGGCAAGCCCGCAGCGCAUUGCGCUUGACGACGGCACGGGCAUCAUCUGGGUGCACGUCGAGAACGUACUCAAGAACACGCGGUCGCUCUCGCUGCCCAUUGGCGCGUAUGUCAUGGUCAUUGGCCCGCCGACAGGGCGCGAGAUGCUGCAAGCGCACCAGGUGAUGCCAUUGAGCGUCGGCCGCGAAGCGCUGUGGUGGCUCGAGGUCGCCGAGUACUGGCACCUCCUCGUGCCCCCUGUGAUCGAGCUCGAGUAG